AUGGCAGGGAGAGGUAGAAAAUGCAAUACGGUGACCAAAAAAAGCACGGCAACGCCAGCGAAAGGAGCGGCAACUCAGAAGAAAGGUCCGACAUCCUCUGAUGUUGGAAAAAAAUCGAAGUCCAUGGAUGAAUUACUGGGCAUCGAGGCAGCUGAGUUCUCCGAUGAUCCAGAGGAACUUAUUCUCGAUUCUCAGGAGACUGAAAAGUCGGAGCUUGGUGGUGAGGACCCUGUUCAGAAGGUUGAUCCGGAGGCUGAUCAAGGUACAAGAACUGUCCGUAUAAAUGAAGCAGACAUAGAAGAUGAGGUAAAUUUCUGGAACUCAUCGGUGGUUUGUUGGGUUUUAGGUGCUAAUCCGCCUAUUCAAGUUAUGGAGGGCUUCUUCAGACGUGUUUGGAAGAACUUAGGAGUUGAUAAGGUUGGCUUACUGAAACAUGGGCUAUAUAUUGUUCGAUUUACAUCUAUGGAAAGUAGAGAUAAUGUACUCGCCAGGGGUUAUCAAUUCUUUGAUAAAAAGCCUUUGAUGAUAAAAGCUUGGGACUUAAAUGUCUGUUUUCUAAAAGAAGAUAUUCGUUUUGUGCCAGUUUGGCUUCCAGUUCAUAAUCUGGAUUUAAAGUAUUGGGGCACUCAUUCCUUGUUUAAGAUCAUCAAUCAAUUGGGCCAACCUAUCAGAGAAGAUACGACCACAAAAAACAGGGAUCGUCUGCAAUUUUCUCGUGUGUUGGUGGAAGUUAAGGUUUCUCAAACUUUCCCCUCAUUCAUUCAGUUUGUUAAUGAAAAAGAUGAAGAGGUCAGACUGGAAAUUCAUUAUGAAUGGAAACCAUCAGUGUGUUCCUUAUGUAAAAGUAUGGGUCAUGAAGAUUCGGAGUGCCGUAAGCAUAAGCAAUCUAAAAUCCCGGAGAAAACCGCACCUGUGUGGCAGCCUAAGUCCCUGGAUGUUUCUCCUGAGCAUGGGGAUUUAGAUGGUCAGAAGUCAAAUGCUAAAGAGAACUCUGUAGUUGCUCAGGUGAAGUCUAAUACAGUAACUGAAGGUUUUCAGCCAGCGUCUAAAAUUAGCCAAGUCUAUUCUAUGCCAGAUCUGUCUGUUAAGAUUGGCAAUUCGUUUGAUAUGCUGAAAGAUAAUGUGGAGGCUCUCAAGUUUGGUCAAAUUCUGUGUGAUAUGAGUACUAAUACAGUGGGAGGGGGAGUUCCUCCAGUUGUUGGUCUGGUUUGUUUACUGGAGACUAAAUUGAAAGGUCCUCGUCUUGGGCACAUGUAUAUGUCUUUAUUUCAGGGGUGGUGCAUAACUUCUAAUCUAGCUGCUCAUUCUGGGGGCAGAAUUGUUUUAACUUGGAGACAUGAGUCUUUUGUCCUAUCUGUUUUGGAUUGCACAGCUCAAAGUAUUCAUUGUUUUCUUCAGCCGAAAAGGAGUACUGGAUUUCAUAUCACAUUUGUGUAUGCUUUCAAUAGCUCUAUUGAGAGAAGACAGUUAUGGGACUGCUUGAAGAUUUAUAAAGGAAAUAUAUCUGGAGCUUGGGUGAUGAUGGGAGAUUUUAAUGCUACUUUAAAUGGUGACGAAAGAAUUUCUGUGAGAGGUCAUAAAGUAGGCUGUUAUGAUUUCAAAUCUUGCUUGGAGUUUUGUGAGGUUAGAGUUAUCAAAUGUUCUGGAAAUUUUUUCACUUGGAAUAAUAAGAAAAACGGGGAUGAGAGAAUCUAUGCCAAGUUGGAUAGAGUGCUGGCAAAUUCUGAUUGGGUGUCCUCUUACCCAACAGCUGAAGCUGUUUUUUUGCCUGAAGGAGAUUUUGAUCAUAGUCCGAUUCUGUUAUCUGUUUUUCAGGAGGUGGCGGGCGGAAAAAAACCUUUUCGUUAUUUUGAUAUGUGGAGUACUGCCCCUAGUUAUCGAGAAAGGGUUAUUAAUAGCUGGAGUCAGAUGGUUUAUGGCACCCCUAUGUUUACAGUUGUUCAAAAGCUGAAGUGCUUAAAAUUUAUUUUUAAGGAAAUGAAUCGUGAGCAUUUUGGAGACCUCCCAGCGCAAGUAGUAUGUUCCAAACUUCAUAUGCUUGACCUUCAAGGAGCUCUUCAAUUGGAUCCUUUGAACAUAAGAUUAAUUAAUGAAGAGGUUGCUGCUCGGACCAGUUUUAGAAAGUGUCAGGAUAGUUAUUUGGCCUUUUUGAAGCAAAAAGCUAAAAUUAAUUGGCUUAAGGAAGGAGAUGAUAAUACUAGUUUGUUUCAUCAAAGCCUAAAGCAAAGGAGAUCAACCAAUACUGUUUUUGCUGUACAGGAUAUGCAUGGCCAAUGGGUGGAUACUAAAGAUGGAGUCUCAAAAGCUUUCCUUUCUUUUUAUCAGAAGUUGUUGGGCUCUCGUUUGCAUAACAGGAGGAAGGUUUCUCAAUCUAUAGUUAAUUUGGGCCCUUUAGUUUCUUCAGAACAGCAGCAACAACUUCUUCUGGAUUUUACAUAUGAAGAUGUUAAAAGAGCUAUAUUUUCUAUUCCGAAUCAUAAAGCUCCGGGUCCGGAUGGUUAUGGGAGUGGUUUCUACAAGACUAAUUGGGAAAUUGUUGGGGAGGAAGUUAGUAGGGUAGUCAUUUCUUUCCUUCACUCGGGUCAUUUGCUCAAGGAGAUCAACAACACUACUAUCACGCUUAUUCCUAAAACUCAAUGUCCUUCAUCUGUUAAUGACUUUCGGCCUAUCUCUUGUUGUAACGUUUUGUAUAAGGCAGCUGCUAAGUUGAUUGGUGAACGUCUGAGGUGUAUUCUGCCUGACUUAAUUGCUCAGAACCAGGGAGGUUUUAUUCAUGGGAGGCUAAUUGCUCAUAAUAUCAUGAUUUUCCAGGACUUAGUUCGUCAUUAUGGCAGGAAGACUAAGCAUCCUAGCUGCAUGUUUAAAGUGGAUUUGCGGAAGGCGUAUGAUACAGUUGAUUGGGAUUUUUUACAGGAAAUGUUGCUGGCCCUGAAUUUCCCUGCUAAAUUUGUUAGCCUGAUUAUGACGUGUGUGCGCACUCCUCGGUACUCUCUGUUAUUAGGUGGUUCCAUCCAUGGUUUUUUUGAGGCUAAGCGCGGGUUAAGACAGGGAGACCCUCUGUCUCCUCUUCUUUUUGUCAUUUGUAUGGAAUAUUUAUCCCGCAUUUUAGCUAAAGUUUCUUGUAAGCAUGACUUUCAUUUCCACCACAGAUGUACAGAUCUCAAGCUUACUCACUUGUGUUUCGCGGACGAUGUCAUUCUGUUUUGUAGAGGUGAUAUCAUUUCAAUCUUGCGCCUGCUUCAAGGUUUUAAGCGUUUUUCUGUGUCUUCUGAUUUGCAAGCGAAUGAGACCAAAUCGACCUUUUAUUGUCAUGGUAUGACUGAAGAGGAUGCGAUGCGUAUUCAUCUUGCGUCGGGGUUCAGUAAAAGCCAGCUCCCAUUUCGUUAUCUUGGUAUUCCUAUCUACUCUAAACAUCUCAGUAUGGCUGAUUGCUCUGUUUUGGCUGAGAAGAUGGUGCAUAAAAUUCAAAUUUGGAGUUCUCAGCACUUAUCUCUUGCAGGUAUAUUGACUCUUGUGAAUGCUAUUUUGUUGUCUAUUCAAACUUACUGGGCUCAAGUUAUGAUCCUCCUAAGGGCUCUUCUCGAGAAAAUUGUUCAAAUCUGUCGAAAUUUUCUGUGGCAUGGGUCUGCUGAGUUCCUUGGUCCUGGUUCUGUAGCUUGGGAUACAAUUUGUAAGAGGAGGAUAGAUGGAGGUCUGGGUGUGAAGGAUAUUUUUUUAUGGAACUUAGCUGCUAUGGGGAAGCAUGUUUGGCAUAUUUCCAUGAAUAAAGAGAGCCUUUGGGUGAAAUGGAUCCAUGUUGUUUAUCUCGAGGGCCUUGAGUGGUGGGAUUACUCAGCUACAGCUGAUAGUAGCUGGUAUUGGAGGCAGGUGGUGAGAGUAAAAGACCUCAUAAAAAGUUUUCUGUCCAAGAACAGUUUCGAGCAAUCUCAUUUCUCUAUUGCUGAUCUUUAUAAUGUUCUAAAUCAUAAGCAGCAAACCAGAUUUUGCUAUGAUGCAAUUUGGCUCAGGGGUAUUUUUCCUAAACAUAGAUUUUUCAUGUGGCCCUAUCUGUUUAGGAGAUUGAAAACCAAAGAUCGUCUCCAAAAGUUUGGUUUGGGUAUUGAUUCUCUGUGCUCCAUUUGUGGUUUGAAGGAAGAAUCUCAUAAUCAUCUGUUCUUUGAUUGUUGGUUUAGCUCCCAUUGCGUUCAAACCAUUCUGUUUUGGCUGUCUCUUAAGACUCGGCAUUGUUCAGUAGAAGGCAUAUACAAGUGGAUCAAAAGAAGCAAGCUUAGCAGAUUCAGGAAAUUAGUCUAUUGGUCUAUUCUAGCUAGCCUUGUUUAUCAUAUUUGGAAAGUUAGAAAUUUAGCUUAUUGGGAGGGUUUAGUUUGGUCUGUUCAGCAUACCAUAUACUUGACUAAAAAGAUUGUUUAUAAUAGGAUUUUUUCUUCUUGUUUAGCAGGGGUUAAAGCUGUUGAUUUAGAUUGGUUUCUUAGUUUGUUUGAAAAUGUAACCUUGCUCUGA